GUGUCCUUCUACAGUGUCAGCCGAGGGACUACGGUAAGGGCAGCGUGGUCUGUGUCUGCGACACCACGCAAUGCGAUUUCAUCGGCGUGGUGCGACCGGAGCAGUCCGGGGUGAUAGCCGUCUACGAAAGCAGCAAGGCGGGGAAGAGGUUCGACAAGACCACACUCAGCUUCAACGAACCUGCAAAUCCGGACGGAAACGACGACGCAAUGUCCCUGGUCAUUGAUUCUUCCAAGAAGUACCAGUCCAUCUUUGGCUUUGGUGGAGCCUUCACCGAUGCGGCAGGAGUCAACAUACAGUCGCUCCCGGAGCAGCUGCAGGAGGCCGUAGUGAAAUCUUACUACUCCGAUGAAGGACUCUCCUACAACAUGGGCAGAGUUCCGAUGGCGAGCUGCGAUUUCUCGGUCCGGCAGUACACGUACAACGACGUGCCCGGAGACGUGAACAUGGCAAACUUUGCACUCGCCGCAGAAGACUUCUCAGUGAAGAUUCCGUACAUCAAAAGGGCCUUGAACAUGUCGAAAGAAGACGUCUGGGUGUUCGGAAGUCCUUGGAGUGGUCCCGCAUGGAUGAAGACUUCAGGGAAGCUGCACGGCGCCGGACAACUCAAGGGAAGACCCGGGGGACCAUACUACGAGGCUUGGGCCAAGUACAUCAUAAGGUUCUUGCAGGAGUACGAAAAGAACGGCAUCCGUAUGUGGGGCCUGACGGUCGAGAACGAACCCUCUGUCGGCUACGUACCGAACUUCCGGUGGCAAAGCAUGGGUUUCACUCCGUCCACUGAGCUGGACUUCAUCAAGAUGGACCUGGGGCCAGCGCUUGUGGAGGCCGGCUAUGGGCCCGGAAACCUUACGCUGAUGAUCAUGGACGACCAGCGAUCCUUCCUUCCAAACUGGGCCAACGUCGUUCUGGGGGACCCCGAGGCGGCCAAGUUCGUUCAGGGCGUUGCCGUGCACUGGUACGCCAACGACUAUAUGGGGCCCUGGGUCCUGGACAAGACGCACAACAACUUUCCCGAUAAGUUCAUCCUGGCAACGGAGGCAUGCGAGGGCUGGAGGUCGUCGGACGUAGAGAAGGUCAUCCUCGGCAGCUGGAACAGGGCCGAGAACUACGCGCACGACAUCCUCGAGGAUCUUUUGCACUGGGCAACAGGAUGGGUGGACUGGAACUUAGCACUGGAUUUGAACGGAGGUCCCAACUGGGCGAACAACUUCGUCGACUCACCCAUCAUUGUCAACGCCACUGGGCGGGAGUUCUACAAGCAGCCCAUGUACUACGCGUUGGCACAUUUUUCGAAGUUUCUUCCCCGAGGAAGCAUCAGAGUAGAUUCGAGGAUUGUCGGCGCGACUAACGACAAACUUGAGUUCGGAGCCUUCAAGACGCCCGAGAACGCCACCGUCUUCAUCGUGCUCAAUACUGACAGCCAAGCGCACAACAUCAGCGUCCAGGAUGUUUCUCGGAAGCUGGGCACAUUCACAUCUUACAUCUCGGAGCGCUCCAUGCGUUCUUUCAUCUGGUGGUAGCCUCUAGACAGUCGCUUCUCUCGGCCAGCUUGACGAGAUGUGUUGCAACACGUAAAAAAUGUUAAUUGUUGUAGUGCUUAAUGACUUAGUGUCCUGCUAAAUUAAGUCCCCAUAGUAAAACUGUCUGGAAAACACUUAAAGAAUAAAAUGCAGCUGGGACGAAGGACGACGUACACUUCCUUUCAUUCCCACCUGUGUUUUAUUUCUUCGGUGUUUUUCAGCUCAACCAACACGUUCGUCCGUUUACAUCGCUAAAGCUGUUUGGAUGCAUGUCUGGAUAAUUGUGAUGCGUAGUCUUAGCUUUCGUUAAAUUUUGGGGGCAUGAUAAAUAUUUGUGAUAUAUGUUUUUCUAUCCCGUGCAGAGCGCAAGGCCUGCAGUACUUGAAAUAAAUGUAAAUGAAACGA